UCAUGUUUGCUUCCGGUUCGUGGGAGGGUCGCCGUCCUGUUGUGGUCGCGUGCUUCAUUUCCGACGAUAUAAUAAAACUUUUUCUUGUCCAUAAGAAAGAGACAGAUUUCAGCUGUAACACUUUUGCUACUCAAUUAUUAUCAGAAUGACUGAGGACGUCCAGAAGCACUCUGUCCACACGCUGGUCUUCAGGUCGCUCAAGAGGACUCAUGACAUGUUUGUGUCCGACCAAGCCAAGUACAUCGCAUUGGACGAUCAAAGUCACAAGCUGAAGAUGGCGGUGAAAUUGAAAGCCGACUACGAUGCUGUCCUCCACAUGCCCGUCUUGAAGGAAACCAAAGACCGAGUCUCUCAGCCUGCCAGCAACAUGCAGCUUCAGCUAGGCUACACGCAGCCAGUGCCUGAUGACCCAGAGUACAUGAUCACUGGAACACAUGCUUACCCCUCUGGACCAGGAGUGGCGCUGACCGCCGACACCAAGAUCCACAGGAACCCCAGCGAGACCGGCGUCCACUCAAUGGCGUUGGCGCUGCCAGCGUCACGAGCCAGCCAAGAUGCCAACCGCACCGCCGCCAGCGUUCCAGACAUCCAUCGGCACGCCGGGGCGGCGGAACGAUCUCACCCGCCUUCGACCACGUUGUCCGUGGUGGAAAGUGCCAGCACCAGGACUUCCGCUCUCAUGAGACGAGCGCCCACUAUGCCCAAGCCCCAAUGGCACCCGCCGUGGAAACUGUUUCGGGUCAUCAGCGGUCACCUCGGCUGGGUGCGUUCCAUCGCCGUGGAGCCCGGCAAUCAGUGGUUUGUCACCGGCUCUGCUGAUAGGACCAUAAAGAUAUGGGACCUGGCUAGCGGGAAGCUAAAGCUGUCGCUUACUGGGCACAUCAGCACGGUGCGCGGCGUGGCGGUCAGCAGUCGCAGUCCCUACCUGUUUUCCUGCGGCGAGGACAAGCAAGUCAAGUGCUGGGAUUUGGAGUACAACAAGGUGAUCCGCCACUACCACGGCCAUCUGAGCGCCGUCUACGGCCUGGACCUGCACCCCACCAUCGACGUGCUGGUCACGUGCAGCAGAGACUCCACGGCGAGGGUGUGGGACAUCAGGUCCAAAGCUAACGCGCACACGCUAACCGGUCACACCAACACGGUGGCCACCGUCCGGUGUCAAGCCGCCGAGCCGCAAGUCAUCACCGGGAGCCACGACUCAACCAUCAGGUUGUGGGAUUUAAUUGCCGGCAAAACCAGAGCGACGCUGACCAACCACAAGAAGUCGGUCAGGAGCGUCGUGCUGCAUCCCCGACAAUACACGCUGGCCUCCGGUUCCGCCGACAACAUCAAACAGUGGAUGUUCCCGGACGGAAAAUUCAUUCAGAACCUCUCGGGACACAACGCCAUCAUCAACACCCUGGCCGUCAACUCUGACGGCGUUCUCGUCUCGGGAGCCGACAACGGGACCAUCCACAUGUGGGACUGGAGGACCGGCUACAACUUCCAGCGGAUCCACGCCGCCGUGCAGCCCGGCUCACUGGACAGCGAGUCGGGCAUCUUCGCUUGCGUCUUCGACAACUCGGAGAGUCGUCUGAUCACCGCCGAAGCGGACAAGACCAUCAAAGUGUAUAAAGAGGACGACACCGCUACGGAAGAGAGCCACCCCAUUAACUGGAAACCAGAAAUCCUGAAGAGGAAAAGAUUUUAAUAAUCCCCCCUCGACCCCGCUACCAGAUCAAAUGUCUUUUUUGUUUAAUGCCACCACCGCCGUAUCCUACGCAAUGUUUAUUUUAUAUUGACACACACAAUUUAGAAGCAUUCAUGUUGCAGCAACAUUAAAGAGCUUUGUACAUUGGAGUAACUGAUUGAGACACAACUUGCUCAAUUUUUCUUCUUUCCACUUAAUGGCUGGUGUCUUCGGACAAAAGUUCAAUACAUGUACAGUAGAUUAUGUAUACAAAUAUGAUCGAAGCAAACAAAUGAAGCCUAAACAUCAAUAAUUGUAGUGUUUGGUGGUGACAUCUUUUGUUUAUAAAAAAAAAAAAAAAAAAAAAAGUGUCCUGAAGACAUACGUAUGGAGCCACAUCUAGGAGAUGUGGCUGUAGAGUUUUUGACCAGCUUGUUCAACAGAAUUCUCACGUGUGAGGUGGCUCGGGCAUCUGUCGAGGGUGUACCCCGGAAGCCUCCCGGGUGAGGUGUUCUGUGCCCAUCCAUUGGCUGGCCUGGGAAUGCCUCAGGCUCCCUCCGGAAGAGCUGUAGGAAGUGGUUGGGGAGAGGGAAAUCUGGGUUCCCCCGCUUAAGAUGCUGACCCCGGAUAAGCGGAACACAGUGGAUGCAUGGAUGGAAACUUCAUUGUGCUUGAAAUUGGUGCAAGUGAUGAGAGUCUGAGUUGUCCUGCACGGUGUGUCAUUUCAUUUAUUUGGCAUUUAAUUUGACGUACAGUACAUCUAGUUGACAAAAAACACAAAUGCCUUCUGUACAAACAAGGGCAUCGCUUCAUUUCCAAGCUACCAAAGAAUCAAAAGACAUUUCAAUCAAAAACAGAAAAAGUCAAAACAGUCCAAACUCGAUUGGGAAAAAUAAACCGCACUCCUUGCAUCCAGAGAGACCAGAAUGUUGUUGGAAAAAAAUAACUAUCCCAGCAUGCAUUCAGAAGUACGUAGCAACACAAGACAUUGGGGUGGGGGGGGGGGGGGUGUCAUUUACUUCAAUUUAUCCAUCAAAUACUCAUUUGCAGCUGCAGAUUAGGAAUAGUGCACGCGCAAAAUACAAAUUAAUAUUAUUCCUGGACAUUUGGUUAAGCAAAUGGAAUGCACAUUCAUUAGAAAUAAAGAUAGGUGACGUACAAUUUCUAGCAAAGGUGCACGCUACUUGUUUACUAAGACGUCCAAGUUGUCCACAAGAAGAAUAACCACGCAAAUUAGUAUUUCGUGUGCACGUUACACUUAUUUCGUGGACACAAAUUACUAUUCAGUAUUGUUCCCCUCCACCCCCCAAUUCAUGUCUGGGGUCCGUAAAAACAACAACAAAACACCAGGCACUGCAGUUCGACAAAGAAAGAAAACACAUGCACUCCACUGAGGGACCGUCGUGGCCAAAAACAAAAUGGUGGGGAAAACAAGCACAUCACCUGAAAUGAAUGAUGAGGGGAUGAUUGUCCACCCAAAAGAAGAAAAAAAAAAAGUGUCCAUGAGGAGAAAGACUAAGCGAGUGAGGAAAGGUAAAAAGGUGGUGGUAGAAAAAAAGGGUGUAGAUCAUGAUCGGGGGUUGGAAUAAUUCAUUUUCAUGUGUUCAGAUUUUGUCUACAGCGACAUUUUGUUAGUCAUUAAGUUGUUUUAGCCCCUAAAAAGUCGGAACAUGAGAAACAAGUUGUAAUUUCACAUUAACAUUGUUGUAAUUGUAUGGGAACAAAGGUGUCAUUUACGUGAAAAAAGUUCUGUUACAUUACAUUGUCGUUAUAUGGAAAUAAGUCUCAAUAUGGCGGAAAAAAAACUUAAUUUGAGCUCCCCAAAAAGGUGUAAGAUUAUGAGGAAAAACUAUGCUUUUACCUGAAAAUCUUGCACGUCGAUUUUACACGUCAAAAAAAGGGCGUAAUAUGGUGAGAAAAAUAUAAUUUUACCCCCCAAAAGUCAGAAAAAAAACUAAUUUUACAUGAAAGGUUUGUAAUUUUACAGAAAUGCAGCUGUAAUUGCCUACAAUGUCCUGCAGGAAUAAAGUUGUAUUUUAUACAUGAAAAAGGUCAUUUAACAUGCAAUUUGUCAUUUUAUGAGAAAGUCAAAAUACACAAAUUUAUCUUCCCAAAAGUUGUAACAUUAUGAGAACAAAUCAGAAUUUUACAUAACAAAAUGUCAUUCUACCCCCGAAAAGCUGUAAUAUUACAAAAAUAAGUCAUAAUUUUGUGUGUAAAUGCUUAGUUGUAAUAUUGUAUGUGGGAAAAACGUCAUUUUAUACGGGGGGAAUCAAAAUAUGAUGAGAAAAAUGCCAUUUUACCCCACAAAUUGUCAUAAUACUACAAGAAAAAAAAAAAUAAUAAUCUACCGUAUAUUUUGUAUGUAAAUGUAAAUUCAGUUGUAAUUUUUACAGGGCAAAGUUAUUUUACGAGAAACAAGUCAUGUUAUGGGAAUAAAGACAAAAUAUGGCUAGAAAAUUUUACCCCACAAAAAAGUAAUUUUAAGGGAAAAUAGACAUUUUACGUGAAUGCAGUUGUAAUUUUUUGCGUGAAAAAUGAUACAUUUUACUAUACCAAAAUUGAGAUUUACACGGAAAAAAGCACAUCACCGUAAUCGAUGACCGGGAGAUGAUUGUCGACCCAAAAAUGUCCAUGAGGAUGAGGAUGGAGGGGGAGAUGAUGAGGGGGUGUUGAAUAGUUUCACUUUUCAUGACGCGUUCAGGUUCCGUCUACAUCAACCAU